UUUAAUUUCCACCCCCUCUCCUUGCAGCCAAUCUCCUUAAUUGAAAUGAAGGUAUUAUCAGAAAUAAAACACAAUAACACAGCCGGAUUGUGUCAAAACUAAUGUUGUUAAAUUCAACGAAUUCUCUGACGCAUUUGGUGCUGUUUUUGUAAAAUUUCAUAAGUCCGGGGCUUUCCAUGUCUUUCUCCACAGUCUUCCGUUUCGAGCAGGUUUCAACAUGAAUGGGAUGCCUGGUACCCGUGGAUAGCUAGACGAGACGAACAAAGUGCAUAGUGUAAGCGUUAUACAGCAACCGGUUUAGAAACGAACGCCGUGUACCAUCCAACAAUGUGUUUGACCAGCACAACACACUGUGUAUAUGUAAUACAUGUGAUUGAUGCACCACCACCAGUAAAAUGUUUGCUCCGUUGAUUAUUUUGAAUUCGAACAUUUUUUAUCAUGAAAUGGUCUGUCUCUCGUCGCAGGAAUGACGUAGUAUUUGCUACAUGUCCAUAGUAUCGCUGAAAACAUGUCUAGCUGGAGUUUUUCCAGUUCUGCAUGUCUAGACUAGAGAGCUAUUUGGCGCUGUGCCGAGGAACACCCCCGCAGUACAUGCAAUAGCGAUCUACACGUUCAUCUACUGGACAAGUUUGAACAUGUCCAUUGUCAGACUUGUUGGAACACGGUAAUAUCACAACGGUCUUCGACCCAUCGAGUUUAUGGUUUACCACACUAGGUACUAGUAGUAGUACUGUACACAUAUGCACAUCAUAUUCAUCAUAAACAGAUCUAUGGAUCAGGCGUACUUGCCCAUGUACAGAGACACCAUUUGCAGAGAAUUUUUACAGGGAGCAGGAUGGAGAAUAAGUCAAAAAAACGAAGGAGGAGAUCUAAAAGAUCCUCCAGUUCUCAUUCCUCUGUGGAGGUUACAACUACGGCUUUUACCACGGCAACGACCGUCUCAUCCUCAUCCUCCAAAGGUCCAUCUCGCGAGGAGGCAGCAAUCGCCAUGGCAACUGUGCUUGCCAGUGAACUUCGGCCAGAACACAAACUACCGAGUCGAGAGAUUUUGGUCCAGCCGCAGCCAAAGUUUAUGGAAUUGCUGGAAACAGUUGGUGCGAAAGGACCCAUGUUUACAGCGAGGCAAGUGCUGUCGUACCUUAUAAAAUACAUUAGCAGCCGUCAGUUGUAUGUACAGCAGGAUCCAAAGAGAGUUUACUGUGAGAAAGAUCCCCUGGGAAAAGUGUUUGGCGUAAAUACUUUCACAAUCAAGGAUGCAAGAAAACUUCUCUUUGAGAACAUGUCAGUGCUUCGGGAGGCCCCUGAUUAUGUAACUCAACAUCAUGAUACAUUCCAACGACAACAGCGCAAACUUUACUACACCUUUCACCAAUCGCAACAGACAACGCCAACGGAUGCAGCGAGACCAACUGCCCCAGUGCCAGUGCGUUCAGCAACCGCCCCGUCGACCCUUUCAAUGCCCUCAACAACACCGGGGCCUAGCGGAGUAGGAACAAAAGGAUGCUUUGCUGUGAAGAGAGAAGCCGAUAGUGAGGAUCUUCCAGACAGUGUAAAAAGGGGGCCAUUCAAUUCAACUCAAGCUUAUCCUGUGGGGUCUUUGACAUCAGCUCAAAAGGAUUUACCAGUCCCAGUGUUCACUAGUACUGAAUGUAAGGUACACGUUACGGAAUCGGUGAAAGGCAGUACAUGUAACAGCACUUCCUCUUCAAUCAAGCAACCUGUCUUCACUCCAGUGAGGACUCAAAAAGUUUUAAAAACCCAGGAUGCGACAUGUACUAUAAAGUCGGCUUCAGCUACUGUUGCAACGUCGUUGAGCAGUAUGACCAUUGCCACCGGGAAAAAACGCCUCAUUUCGGAUUCAUCUGAAGACUGUUCACACAUAUCAAGUUGUCGGAAAUCAACAUCAGUUUCUGGUUGCGAGAGAGUAGGCAGCCGACCAUGGUACUGCAUGCUCUACCACCCCAGCGAAGAAUUGAAAUCACAGAGCAGUGAAGUACUCAGUAUUCAAGAUUGUGAGACUGCAAUCGUUGCUGAUUCUUCAGAUGACCUUUGGUUUGUUGAUGAAGAUGAGUUGACCCCCUUGGAAUAUGAUGUCCCGUCUGACUCUAGUGAUGAUUAUACUAUCAUCAAAGGCAGUUCGGAUGAUAGUAGCAGUGACACAGAACUAGUGUUUAACGUUCUUUUGCGACCGGACGAGAGCGGAGACUCUCACUUUGCGGACAAUAGCGAUGAUGACACAACUGAUACUGAGAUUUCAGAUAUGGAUAAGUGGCAGUGUGCCGAGUGCAGCAUGCGGAACUCGCCGGUCGAGCGUUAUUGCAGCCGGUGCUGGGCGCUCCGCAAGGGCUGGUUGCCGGACAAUCAACGAAUGACCUUAAAAGAGAGACUUCAGAAUUCCAACAGACCGUUGAGACGAUCCUUCUCAGCUCCCGCGGGCAACGUCGACCCACCGUCUCUCUGGUACCAAACACAAACGACCGGCCAUUUUGCAACUGAUUGCUGUUCAAAUGAAAGUCGACCAAUUUCUAUUGUUUUCCCGGAAGCUCAUCCACAGACCAACCCUAUGACCAAUGAACUUAGCACAGUGAAGCCCAGGACGCUAAGGGACUUCCCUGAUGGUAUAAAUCCUGACAUGCCUGACGGAAAGACAAGUGAUGAAGACGAGGCUGGGACCGGCCUCAAAAGUAGCCAAGAUGGUAAAAUGUCUGUGAAGCGUAAACAGAGCAGCGAAGAUGACUCACAAGACACGAUUAUCGUUGCCAAUGAUUUACCACUUUGGAAACGGAUGAACUUGCAAGAUGAUGAUGAGGCUAUGGAUUCGGUUCAACAAGAAUUUAGGCCAUCUCAGAGUCGGAUGCAAGACCGUCGAGACGAUUCGGGAAUAGGUUUGACUCAAGAGAGUACUGUCGUUUUUGAGACUCCUCUCGGGAGAGCAUCUCAAGGCGAAACUGUGAGUGCACCAAGAUGGCAGCCAAGAAAAAGACAUCGAUCAGCAUCAGCAUCCAAUCUCCACAAGGGUUUCGAAAACUCCUCCAGUCAGUCAAAAAAAUUUCACUUCGGCGACACUUCAGUUCUUCAAGUUGGGCUCGGGCCGCAUCUUACAUCGGUAGCAGGGAAGAGCGACCCAGGAGCAGGCCCGUCGUCGUCCCAAAGUACCAGCGUCGUCACGAAACAUUACAAUGACUUGUGCAUUAUUUGUUAUAGCCGACCGAAGACAGCGAGCAUCAUUCAUGGACGCACUGGACAUCAAGUCUGUUGCUAUCCUUGCGCCAAAAAGCUCCAUCACCGCGGGAAGCCGUGCCCUGUAUGCAGACGAUCCAUACAAGCAGUCAUCAAAAACUUUCUACUGUAGGCCAUUUUUAGGAAUUAAGAAGAAACUAUCAAGUGAUCACCUUUGUCAAACUCAAACAUGAUUCGUUUUUACAUUACGGCGUGAGAUGAAUUUUAAUUUGUUUACAUCAUUCUCCUACCUGUGUAAACGAUGAGUCUAAAGUUCAUAUUGAAAAUCAGUUGGCAGUUAUCCAAAACAAAGGACCGCAAUCAGAGAUUGUGUUUGUAAUUGUUGGUAAAAAAGAAGAAAACAAAUCUUGCCUUACUUGCAACGAUAAAGGUGAUCACAACUUGCAAUUUUUUAAUUUGGCCUCAGUUACCUACCAUUUUAUGCAAUAUGUGUACAUAGUACCACUAUAGGACAAAAUUGGAGAGUUACACAAUAUGCAAUAUAUAUUUUUAGGUCCCAUAUUUUUCAGUUAUUUCCAGUUGAAGUGUUGUUGCUGUCUGGCAAAGAUGGAAAUGUGUGAAUAUAAAUUCUGAACUUUUAAGGGUUGGGAACAACCUUGGUGUUUAUUUCUAAUUCCCAAAUUCCUCAAAAUUGACAUUUUCGUACCAUCUUUUCCUUUUUUGGCCUUGGUACUGCAUGAUGGCCAAACUUAACAUGGCAUGAUGCCUGGCAGCAUAAUACUUUGAAUUCUGGUAGUUUGAAAUUUGAGGGCUACUCUAAAGGGUCUAUGUAUUGUAACUUUUGUAGGACAAAAAACACAAUGUCCACAGAUUUACACUAAACUU